CUCUCACUAAUAAACUCUACUUUACAUUUGAUAGAGAGAGAGAGAUGUUCUUCUCCAUUAUGAUUGUUUUCAUUUUCUUUUUUUCUUUUUUUUCUAGAGAUAGAGAUAUCUUAAAAUCCAAUUCAUUUCUUAUGCAAAGCAUCACCAGACUUGCGUAAAUCCCACUUGAUUGCUUCACCUUCCUGGGUUCUUCUCUCUCUCUCUCUCUCUCUCUAAUAACUUGAAACCUAAGCAUGACUUUUCUCCCCCUCUUUUAAAUCAUGGACAAAUAUUCUUAACUUUUCCACGCAAAAUCAAUAAAGAGGUGUUCCGUCUUCUCUUUCUCUCACUUCAUCAUGUAUAAACCCUUGAGCCUUCCCAGCAAGUGGCUACUUUGAAUUCCCAGAAGAGACAUCGAUAUCCUCAUCAUCGGCGUCAUCUCAAAAAUGGGGCGCCAUUCUUGUUGUUUUAAACAAAAGCUAAAGAAAGGUUUAUGGUCUCCUGAGGAGGACGAGAAGUUGUUCAACCACAUCACUAGGUUUGGUAUUGGCUGUUGGAGUUCAGUUCCCAAACAAGCAGGUCUUCAAAGGUGCGGAAAGAGUUGCAGGCUCAGAUGGAUAAACUACUUGAGACCAGAUCUUAAGAGAGGAAUGUUCUCACAGGAAGAGGAGGAUGCGAUAAUCAGUCUCCAUGAAGCCCUCGGCAACAGGUGGGCUCAAAUUGCAGCACAAUUACCUGGAAGAACAGAUAAUGAGAUAAAGAACUUCUGGAAUUCUUGCCUGAAGAAGAAACUGAAGCAACAAGGAAUUGACCCAAACACCCACAAGCCGUUGUGUGAAGCUGAAUUACGGGAUGACAAGAAAAGUAGGGAAGAAGAUUCCUUGCAGCCGUCUCAGCCUAAAAGGCCUCGACGCACACAGAGCUCAGAGGAAUUUGGGCAGGCAUUUUCCGUUAACAGUUCGGGCUACCAUGUUGCCGGACUCGAUGGAACUUCAGAAGAAAAAUUUCUGACAAAACAAAUCUUUGAUCCCUUUCCUUUGUUUGAAUUCCAAACGGGUAUCAAUCCUGUUGGAACAAAUUCCAACCUCGUGUCUCAACAUCACCAAAAUUUCAGACCUUUCAACCAGGCCCACUUGGCGACCACCUUUGAUUUUGGGUUUACUUCGAUGCCCCAAUUAACUAGUGUGACUGAGACAGAUACUUCCGAAAACAAUUCAACUUCGAGGGUGAGCAGCUUAUUCUACAACGAAACAAAGGAAAGUUCUAGUAACAGCUGCAACAUGAGCAGUCAGGCAGAAUUUCAGAUGAACAACAUGGUCAGCAAUGCAAGCUUCUGUUGGGACUCUUCUGACACCAGGUUGGAACCUGUUUUCCAGUUUCAGUUCAACGGGAUCAAAUCCGAAGAAUUGGAGCUACGUUCAUGGCAAGAUGAGCAAAAACAAACACAGAGUUCAGAUGAUUUCAGUAGCUUUCCAUUGACGUCACUAUCUGAGGACCUAACUGGAGCGGGUUUUGAUAUGUUCCAGCAUAUCUAGACUGUAAAUUCGUCACCUAGUUCCACCAAUUUUUUCUUCUUCUUCUUCUUUUCUUGUUGGAUUUUAAACCCCCUCCCUCUUCGCUUGAACACACAUAUAGAUGUUGACAGUACAUGGAGAGAUCCUACAGAGAAAGGUUUGAGUUGGUGAUCCUUUGGGCUUUCCUUUUCUGUUUUUUUUUUUUUUUUUUUUUUUUUAAUCCUUCUUGUCAACAGAAGUCGUGAAAUAAUGUUGUUAGAAUUGUGUGAACUAAAAUGAAUUCUUAUUCUGUAAAUGGAUUUUGCAGAAUGAGUGGUGACUGUUGACUGUGUUUGUUUGAGCCCCAUUAGGAAGUUGAUUCUAGCUUCUAAUGAGUAAUCUCAUGAUAGAAUAUGAUACUGAUUUUGGCCAGAAAA